GUGCCGAGCUGCUGCCGAGACAGCGGCCGGUCAACGCGAGGGGGUGGCCGGAGCGCAGCGCAGCGCGCUGGGACUGCGUGUCAGCGAUGCUGGAGAAUGGCUCCCUGAGGAACUGCUGCGACCCGGGUGGGCGAGGCCGCUUCGACUUGGCGGAGCGGGAGGCGGCGGGUGCCCCGCGGCCAGCCUGGGUGGUAGCGGUGCUCUCCAGCGUGCUGAUCUUCACCACAGUGGUGGACAUCCUGGGCAACCUGCUGGUCAUCGUCUCCGUCUUCAAGAACCGCAAGCUCAGGAACUCAGGUAAUGCAUUUGUGGUUAGCCUGGCUUUGGCUGAUUUGGUGGUGGCCUUGUAUCCAUAUCCACUGGUGCUCUUAGCUAUUUUCCACAAUGGAUGGACUUUGGGUGAAAUGCAUUGUAAAGUGAGUGGCUUUGUGAUGGGACUAAGUGUAAUAGGCUCUAUUUUCAACAUCACUGCAAUUGCAAUAAACCGAUAUUGCUAUAUAUGUCAUAGUUUUGCCUAUGACAAAGUGUACAGCUGUUGGAACACGAUGCUGUACGUCUCCUUAGUCUGGGUAUUAACAGUAAUUGCAACUGUGCCAAAUUUUUUUGUUGGCUCUUUAAAGUAUGAUCCACGCAUCUAUUCAUGCACAUUUGUUCAGACUGCAAGCUCCUACUAUACGAUAUCUGUUGUGGUAAUUCACUUCAUCGUCCCUAUCACCAUUGUGAGCUUCUGCUACCUUCGAAUUUGGGUUUUAGUGCUUCAAGUUAGGAGACGAGUCAAGUCAGAAACAAAGCCAAGACUGAAGCCAAGUGACUUCAGAAACUUUCUUACCAUGUUUGUAGUUUUUGUGAUUUUUGCCUUUUGCUGGGCACCUCUAAACUUCAUUGGGCUGGCUGUAGCCAUCGAUCCCAUGGAAAUGGCACCAAAAGUUCCUGAAUGGUUGUUCAUUAUAAGCUACUUCAUGGCCUAUUUCAACAGCUGCCUUAAUGCAAUAAUAUAUGGACUCCUUAACCAGAAUUUUCGGAAUGAAUACAAACGAAUUUUAAUGUCACUGUGGAUGCCAAGGCUUUUCUUCCAGGACACAUCCAAAGGCGGAACUGAUGGUCAGAAGAGCAAGCCUUCUCCUGCUUUAAACAACAAUGACCAAAUGAAAACUGAUACCUUGUAAAUGUGUAAUAGGUGUAAAAAUAAAUGUCAAUGCAAGAGUCUGUCAUGGACAACUCCAAGAAUAUAGUUGUAAUAUUCUGAUCAUUCUUGCUUACUUUUGGGGGCUUUCCAUUUGGAUGGCACUUUGUGACUGGAAUACUCUCUUUUGAUAAAGCACAUUGCUCUCACUUCAUGAUUUAUACAAGGUAUCAAUUGAAAAUGCAUUUCAGAAUUAAAGCAGCAGGGGAGUGCAAGCUGUUUUAGUUCUGAGAGUUGAAUUCUGCUCCCAGACAUAUGAAUGGAGCAUUUUUUUUACUUCAGCGGGAGUUUUGCAUUCUUUACACAAGGUCAAGAUUCAUCUCUUAGAAGAUGUAGUGAAGGUACUUGUCUAUGGGCACAGCAGCUCAUCAAGGCUGUGGAGUGAUAUUUUCCUCCCUCCUGUAUCUGAACAAAGAGGGUGAAACAGAUACUCUCUUUUCCACACAUGAGCCAAACAUCACAUUUCUGUGCAUGUAAUGGUGGCAGUAGUAGUAUCUUUGAAUCAGACUUGUAAAUUGGAGAGAAGAAUGUUGGUGUAAAAGCACAUAUUAACAUUAGAGCCUUUCCUCACAGGUUUUUCAUGCUUAUACACACUGUAUUUCAAAUCUCAGUGUAUUUACUCUGUUCAUCUUUUGUGAUUGAUUUUAUGGUAGAUAAUAUAAUACAAAUGGUUGAUUUCUUCUAUGUUUGCUUAACACAAUAUUCUUCCUUUGGAGAACAUUAAAUUUUCUUUGCACUCCAUUUAUUUAUCUAUACAUAGGCAUCCAAUGUCAUUUGAUGUCCUUUAGCCCACCUUACACACAGGCCGGAAAUUACGGCAUAUGACCUGUGAUCAUCUGGAGUGGCAACUGGACACCAUUCAGGAUUUCUCAGAUCAUCUCAAAUGACACUAGACCAAAAGAAUGAGCCCUUUUGAGUAUAAUGGUAGCUGAUAUACUUGCCUCACAUGUAGAUAUCUAAUCUUGAACAAAAUCCACUCUUGAUGUCUCAUCUAAACUAACCUUCAAGGUUCCCUAUAGUGGAGAUAUGAUUCCUUCCACCUGUCAUGAACUCACAUCCAAAGAUGAGAUAAAUUGUUUUGUGGAGGUUCUAGUCUCCUCUCACUGACUUCAGAAGGAGCUUUGAUUACUAGUUCAAACAUCUCACUUUGGAUAGCUAGACUGGGAUUCAUCUUGCCUAAAUUGGGAUGUCUCUAGUGUAAGUGCUUACACCCAAUUUAUUUUCUAAAUUCCCAUUGUAGUCCAUGGAUGUCUAGGAAAUGAUUCCUUUUAUCUUGAAACAGGCCCCUUUAUUGGUCAGAGGAACUGAUCAUCAGACUCACUGACUGUAUCUUCACUGACUGUCAUGGAGAUCAGGCAGCUCAUGUAGACACAUUUCAGACAAAGACAGGUGAUCUCAAUCCCAUAAUUAGUGUACCUACAGCUCAUAUUUGCACAGUUCAUAAAAUGGAUGAUUUUCCAUUUUCUUUUCAGACUCAGCUCAACUUCAAAUUGAAUGUCUUUUUUUUCAGGUAGCACAUUGUAACAAUGACUGUACAGAUCAGAUUACAAUCUGGGUUGUACCCCACAGCAUCAUAGUAAUUUACACAAUGUGGUUUGAAUUAUCUCUAAAUAAGAUUAGAGAUCUGUGUGCAAACACACAGUCAAUUAAGUUAUUUUAUCAUUAGACUUGAAAUGCACAUUACUUUUAGUAGCGCUGUUCAGGAAAGAGGAGAUAGGCCAAUUAGCUUUUCUCUGGUAAAUCCAUGUCAGGUAUUGAAAUAGGAAAAGGAGGAAUUUAGGUUGCUAUUACAUUCCAGUUUGGCUUUCCUGACCUGGCUAUUAUGAAAAAUAUUUCUGUGGUAUUGUUAAUUCGUGUGGCCAACACACUGCUCCUGAAGCCAUAAAGACAUAUUACACAUCACCCUCAUGUUGCUAUACUUAUAGCAAACCAUCAAAGAACCAGAGUAUUUUAAAUGUUUUAUUUACUUGCCAAAAGUCUAUGUAAAGUACAGCAAAGUAACAAAUGUGAUAAUUCUUCUAGCUUCUUUCAUGUUCUUCAGAUAAUUUCUGAUAAUCUCUGAAGUUCAGUACCCUAGGACUCAAACAGUAGUAGCCUGAUGAAAGGUGAAAACUUUGUGAACAAUGGCAAGAAAGAGAUGGGACAAAUUUAACCUGGUGGUAGAUAACAAAAAAUAUUGUAGCUAAAAGUAGCAAUCAUUAAUCUGUUCUACGUGGAACAUAAUUUUAUAAGUCUGACACAGUUUCUAUAUGUAUUGUCUUUCCUCAUGACUUCCACAGCAAGGUACUGAACACAGAACUAAUAUACAUAUAUGUCUAAAUGCAAAACUUCCCCCAGAGUAAAUAAGGAGUUUCAAGAGUCUGGGAAACUUGCAGGAAAGAACAUCAAGUUUGCUUCAUUGACAACCCUGCUUUUUCUGACUUCUAUGAGUGAUCAAAAUUGUGACUUGAAAUUCAAAAUUUGUUACCUGACUUGUAGAUGAACUAGGAUAGAAGUAAAUUGAUUGACACUGGUUUAUCCCUUGCUGACAUGAGUCAGAAUACAGCCCAGAAUUUGGAUCAAAUUCCCAUUAUUGCUUUAAAUCCUUAAAACAAAUCUAAACAUUGUUACCACUUACUUGGCCAUAAAAGUGAGCAGCUAUCAUUCUGCAUAGUCAUGGGAAGAAGAUUUGAAAUUUCUAUGAAGUCAUUUUACAAAUUAUCUCUUCACAUUAAAAAUUAAAGAUCACUUUUAAGAAACCUUGCGCUGGUACCUUCUCAGCUAUCCUAAAUGAAGCUCACACGAGUAAUAGAAUAGAAACAUAGAAUCAUAGAAUGGUUUGGGUUGGAAGGGACCUCAAAGAUCAUCUAGUUCCAACCCCCCUGCUGCAGGCAGGGACACCCUCCACUAGACCACGUUGCCCAAAGCCCCAUCCAACCUGGCCUUGAACACUCCCAGGGAUGGGGCAUCCACAGCUUCUCUGGGCAACCUGUUCCAGUGCCUCACCACCCUCACAGUAAAGAAUUUCUUCCUAAUAUGUAAUCUAAAUCUACUCUCCUUUAGUCUAAAACUGAUAUCCCUCAUCCUAUCACUACACUCCCUGAUAAACAGUCCCUCCUCAUCUUUCCUGUAGGCAUCCUUUAAGUACUAGAAGGCCACAAUUAGAUCUCCCCGAAGCCUUCUCUUCUCCAGGUUACACAACGCCAAUUCUCUCAACCUGUCCUCAUAGGGAAGGUGCUCCAGCCC